AUGGAGAGUGGUGGUUGCGGAGAUGCUCGGAAGGGUGUUCGAGGGUCGAAUCGCCGACGGAGCGGUUUUUGCAUUGAGGAAGAGAGGCGCGGAGGAACACAAUUUCACAACAGGAUAAUUAGUAGAUCAUCGACGGACACAAAAGACAUUGUGAGAAAUUUCAGUGUGCCCAUUGAAAAUGAUAAUCUUGAUAGUGUGCCCAUUGAAAAUGAUAAUCUUAAUAGUGUGCCCAUUGAAAAUGAUAAUCUUGAUAGUGUGCCAAUUGUUGAUGAAGUUAAUAAUGAUGAUGAUGCCGAUGAUGAUGAUGAUGAUGAUAAUGUUGAUUAUGAUAUAUUUGAUCCAAGAAAUUGGGAUCGUCUUCAACCUAAACUGAUUGAUUUAUUGGUUGUGAAAGGUCCUAAAAGAGAUAAUUCUAUUCUGAAGUGUCCUAGAGAUAGUUUGAAAAGACGUUUUACGGCUAAUUUGGGACAAUUAGCAAAUGAGGGUUAUAGUGAUUGGGUACAUGUUGGUGAAGGAAUUAAAGAGCACGAGUUAGGCAUGAAACAUGUUAAAAAUAUGACUACUUGGUAUGAGUAUCGCAAAAGGCUACAAAAAUUUCAAACUAUUGAUAAAACAACUCAAAGAUUAAUUGAGAAAGAAAAGGAUUAUUGGAAAAAUGUUUUAAAAAGAGUUAUUUCAAUAGUGAAAUUUCUUGCUAAACAUAAUUUAGCCUUUCGUGGUUCUAAGGAGAAAUUGUACGAAGAUAGCAAUGAAAACUUUUUGGGUUUGAUUGAAAUGUUAGCUGAAUUUGACCCCAUCAUCCAAGAACAUGUUAGACGUGUUACAACUCAAAAAGUUCAUAUUCAUUAUCUUGGGCAUAAUAUACAGAAUGAGUUGAUUUCAUUGCUUGGUUCUGCGAUUACAAUUGAAAUCAUUAGAAAAAUCAAACAGACAAAGUAUUUUUCAGUGAUACUUGAUUGUACUCCUGAUGGGCUUUUUGAUGUUUCACAAAAUGAAUUGAAAGAACUUGGUCUCGACCUAUUUGACGUGAGAGGGCAAUGUUAUGAUAAUGGGUCCAAUGUGAAAGGAAAACACCAAGGUGUGCAAAAGAGAUUUUUAGACAUAAAUCCGAGAGCCUUUUAUACUCCUUGUGGUUGUCAUAGUCUUAAUUUGGCAUUGUGUGAUAUGACUAACUCUUGUAUUAAAGCUAGGAAUUUUUUUGGAGUUGUUCAACGCAUUUAUAUAAUUUUUGCCAAUUCUACUAAGAGAUGGCAAAAUUUGAAAGAUAAUGUAAAAGGGUUGACUCCAAAAUCAUUGUCAUCCACUCGUUGGGAGAGUCGUGUAGAAAGUGUCAAAGCUAUAAGAACUCAAAUGUUAGAAUUUACAGAAGCUUUGCUUGAAGUGUCAGAAAAUGAUCUUGAUCCUAAAAUACAAAAUGAAGCUAAAUCCUUAGCAACAAAUAAGCUUGGUGAUUUUGAGUUUUUGAUGGCUAUAAUUAUUUGGUUUGAAAUAUUAUCUGCAAUUAAUUCUGUUAGCAAGCUUUUACAGGAAAAUGAUAUGCUUAUUGAUGUUGCUAUGCAAAAAAUUAAGGGGUUGAUUUCGUAUUUUGAGGGAUAUAGAGAAACGGGUUUUUAUAAGGUAUUGAUUAACACUAAGGAAAUUGCGGUGGAAUUGAAUAUUGUCCCAAUAUUUUCUCAAAGGCGUAUAAUUAAAAGAAAAAGGCAAUUUGAUGAGAAUUUGAAUAUCCCAUCAGUCGAGCUAUCAGAAGAAGAAUCAUUCAGGGUUAAUUAUUUUCUUUACCUUGUUGAUCAAGCUGUUGUUUCUCUUAAUAAGAGGUUUGAGCAAUACCAAGAGUAUGAAAGUAUUUUUGGUUUCUUGUUUACUUCUCACAAGUUACAAUCAUUAGAUGAUGCAGCUUUGAAGUCUUGUUGUACUAACUUUGAGCAGGCAUUGAAACAUAAUGAGCAAUCUGAUAUUGAUGAGAAUGAAUUUUUUGCAGAGUUGAAGUUACUAAGAGAAAUGUUGCAUGAAGAAACCAUAAGACCUACUGAUAUAUUAUUAUUUUUAAAAGGCUUGGAUUGUGUUCCUAAUACAGUUAUUGCAUAUAGAAUCUUAUUGACUAUUCCUGUGAUAGUUGCUUCUGCAGAAAGAAGUUUUUCAAAAUUGAAGUUGUUAAAGACUUACUUGCGGUCUACCAUGUCACAAGAAAGGCUUAAUGGAUUGGCAUUAAUAGCUAUUGAAAAUGAUAUUUUGGAGACAAUAAAAUAUGAAGACUUAGUAGACGAUUUUGCUUCAAAAAGUGUUCGUAGGAAGGCUCUUUUUAUGUAG